UAAUGAAGCAAUAACCAAACAAAUCCUAUAUGCCAUAGCCCACCUCAGCGCUCAUAACAACAACAUUCAAUUUUCCUUCCAAAAACACCCUCAAGACCAACACACAGCUCCACAAAAACCACUUCCCUUCAAAUUCUCCCCACCGUUAACUCUCCUUCCAUUUAUUCCUUCAAAUUCAAUCAAACAACAACACCCCCUUCCUUCUCAUUUCCCUCCAUUAAAAUUCCCCCGACAAAAAAAUGAGAGAAAUCUUACACAUCCAGGGCGGACAAUGCGGUAACCAGAUCGGCGCCAAAUUCUGGGAAGUAAUAUGCGACGAGCAUGGAAUCGAUCACACCGGAAAAUAUAACGGAGACGCCGAGCUUCAACUUGAGCGGAUUAAUGUCUAUUACAACGAAGCCAGUGGCGGAAGGUACGUUCCACGCGCCGUCCUCAUGGAUCUUGAACCCGGUACCAUGGAUUCCGUUAGAUCCGGUCCGUUCGGACAGAUCUUCCGUCCUGAUAAUUUCGUGUUCGGUCAGUCCGGUGCCGGAAACAAUUGGGCGAAAGGUCAUUACACCGAAGGUGCCGAGCUCAUCGAUUCCGUCCUUGACGUUGUUCGCAAGGAAGCCGAGAAUUGCGAUUGCCUUCAAGGAUUUCAAGUGUGUCAUUCUUUGGGAGGUGGCACGGGUUCUGGUAUGGGGACGCUUUUGAUUUCGAAGAUUCGAGAGGAAUAUCCUGAUCGGAUGAUGUUGACGUUUUCGGUGUUUCCUUCGCCGAAGGUGUCUGAUACGGUUGUGGAACCGUAUAAUGCCACGCUUUCUGUUCAUCAGCUUGUGGAGAAUGCGGAUGAAUGUAUGGUGUUGGAUAAUGAGGCUCUUUAUGAUAUUUGCUUCAGGACUUUGAAGCUCGCCACACCUACAUUUGGUGACCUAAACCAUCUCAUUUCCGCCACCAUGAGUGGAGUUACUUGUUGUCUACGUUUCCCUGGACAGUUGAACUCAGAUCUUCGUAAGCUUGCUGUCAAUCUUAUCCCAUUCCCGCGGCUCCAUUUCUUCAUGGUUGGGUUUGCACCCUUGACAUCUAGAGGAUCCCAGCAGUAUCGUGCAUUGACUGUACCUGAAUUGACUCAGCAGAUGUGGGAUGCCAAGAAUAUGAUGUGUGCUGCUGAUCCACGUCAUGGCCGUUAUUUGACUGCAUCAGCAAUGUUCCGUGGUAAGAUGAGCACAAAGGAAGUCGAUGAGCAGAUGAUCAAUGUGCAAAACAAGAACUCUUCUUACUUUGUCGAGUGGAUACCUAACAAUGUCAAAUCCAGCGUGUGUGAUAUCCCACCUAAGGGCCUUAAGAUGGCAUCUACUUUCAUCGGUAAUUCAACUUCAAUCCAGGAAAUGUUCAGGAGAGUUAGUGAGCAGUUCACAGCUAUGUUCAGGCGCAAGGCUUUCUUGCAUUGGUACACUGGUGAGGGAAUGGACGAAAUGGAAUUCACCGAGGCUGAGAGUAACAUGAAUGAUCUCGUUGCCGAGUAUCAGCAAUAUCAGGAUGCAACUGCCGAUGAAGAAGACUAUGGAGAGGAGGAAGAAGAGGUUGAUGCUUAAGGCAUCUCUAUAUGUCAACAUUGUUUCAAAUAUCAAUAUAUACUUGGCUUUGAGCGAGUGGUAUAUGUUUAAAUUGUGAAGCAGUCAAAUUAGAUUGACUCGUUAGUGUGUAUGUUUGUAUUAAUCGUCAUUGUCAAAACUGGGUUUUAUUGACAAUGCAUUUUUCUUGAGAUGUUUGUAAUGGGUAAUGUUUAUAUGCAUAAAAGUAAAAUGAUCUCGUUUGCUUUUUAAA